AUGAGCACCAAAGAGAUAGGAAAACCAAACAGUUGGGAGUGCGAAGAUGCUGAUGUUGAUGUCCCAAAGAAAUAUUUCACAUCGGUAAUUACCUGGGCCUACUACGAGUCAACGAAGUCUUAUGACCUGCUUAUGAUGAUAGGGUGGUAUGGUGGUCUAAUGUACGGCUUGUAUAGUACUAUCUUUACAUCGCACAUUUGGAGGUUUCAGAUUUUGUUUCUGCUCCUGGAGGCAAGUGUCGUGUUGGCUCCUGUGAUUUGCAUGACUCUCAUAGAGAGGAGAGCAGGAUAUUUGAUCUCCAGGAACAAUAAGAAACUAGCAGAAGCUACGAAGGAAGUCUUCAGCUCGAAGCAGGAAAAUUUGGUACUUGGGUGGGACAAGGUCGCCAGUGUACUGAACAGAAAGUUUUAUGUUGCAGGCGAUUGGAAAACACCAUACUGCAUCUUUGAUGGUGCGAAAUGUGAGAGCUACUUCAGACGCCAUGUGUUGAAAUCAAUGGCUGAGGAAGACGCAUCAGAAGAUUGCGAGAAAAGUUGCUUGCGUGCUGCAGUGGACAUCUAUCGGCGAAGGAUCAUCGAUCAAUUCGAAUGGGACAAGUACGAUACUCCUGUGUUAGCUGAUGAUAACUUCCUAGCUGGUUCCGAUCACAAAGAGUUCACCUGGAGACUCAGGAACACGCUGAAGGAUCUUCAUUUCAUAGUCUAUUUUGUUACUUCUCUAUUUGUUCUCUUAGCUGGUACUCGGUCCCUUUUACUCUGCAUGAUAAUGACAAUCUUAAUGUUUGCCACAAUUGCUGCUAGGCCCCCUCUCGAGCUUUCUACAACCAGGAGCCGCAUCAGAUUAUUAGCAACGAUAGCAGAUGUUGCCCCACGAGAGGACAUGGAUCGCUGGGACGUAGUUGCAAGGCGCAUGAAUGCUUACUUGAGCCAAGAUUCCAACAGCGACGCAGGAAUUUUCUUUGAUGGGAAAGACUACCUUGAAUUUUUUGAGAAGCAGCUCAAACCUCUCAUGUCAAAGAAGAUCAAAGACUAUCGGGUUGCAACUUACGAGCUAGUUCCUUUAAUCGCUGAUGUUGUUGAGGGUCCUUCCACAUAG